UGUCACCCGCCCAUCAGCAAAGCGUCCUUGCCGAUCACAAUUAAUUGUGCUGCAAUCUCUUACAUAUUCAAGUGGGGGAUUUGUUUUGUUGCUCCCGUCGUUUAUAACCAUUUCAUUUAUUUAUUUAUACUGAAAUGUCCGAGCGUUUGUCGGUCUACGAUCCGUCGUGGUGAAUAUAAAUAAUUACGUGCGAAUCUCGCGUUUUAAUUAUCAUAAAAAAAAAAUGUUUCGAUGCUGCUAAAUAAACACUAAAUCAUGUUUGAAAAGACCUUUUUGGAACUGUUGGAUUAUUCCAAUGCCUGGUGGAUCACCUUGUUUACGGUAUGUGCGGUUGUGUUGUGCCUGUUUGCAGCCAGGAACAUGAUGGCCCUGCGGAUCCAUGGUGAAGAGUUCGUCGUACCCGCCUCUGUGCACCAUCUGAUGAAACCCCGGAUUCCGCAAAUGAACAUGAUGAAGGUCCAUAUACCGUUCACCUUUAGACUGUUGGAAACUUCCACCUCCUCUUACUCGGAACUGCAAUGCAGCAUGUCCAGCCAAAUCCCGUACGAGGUCCACGCCUACUGGGGCGUGAACAUCAAGGACCUCCACAUCUUCCUGUGGAGACCGUGGGCGGACAUCAGGAACGCCUGCACUGCCGGCGAGUUUCUCAAAGGCUACUACGAGUAUCUGGGAGUGCACCUGAAAAGGAAUCCGCAUCGCGAUCAAGUGAUGACCUUGAAUUUCACCGGUCACGCCCCCCUGGAUCUGGGAACCCCCCCGAGGCUCCGGUACCCGCUGGUGAUUUUUUUGAUUCGCAGUGACGCUGAUGGAAAACUGCACCCGGAUGAUACGGUGGCGCUGAUUAAUGUCGUCCACGUCAAAGAUUCCGUGUGCACGUUGUCCACGAGUAUUUUAGGACAGUAUUUGAAGCAGGCUAAUGGACAAUUGUCGUGCUUGAAGCAACUUUACUUGGCCACCGGAAACUCGGACAACUACGAGACCCAAAUCCCGUUGGCGGUGGCGGAACCGGUGGAGGGGGGCCCCAGCUCGGUCGGUUCCUUUUGCCCCCCGAACAACACCGACGACUCCACCUUCUGGAACAGUUCCGGGGAGCAAUUGUGCGUCGUCUGCCAAACGUUCCCGCUGUCCAGGGCCCUUUUGCCUUGCAGGCACACUUGUAUCUGCGCCAGUUGCUUCAACAAGUUGCAAAAGUGCCCGAUGUGCCGCAGCCGGAUCAAGAGUUACUUUUGCAUCCGGGGCGAGGAGUAUUUGGACCCGAAAGAGCCGAAGAACGAGGAUCGGGGUGGGCCGGCGGUGGCGAGACGUCGCUGGUUCAACGGGAUCAACUGGGACGAUCGGUUAAUUGACUUUUUGGGAUUUUCACGAUAAAAAACCGACGAGGUUUAUUGGUCUCUUUUUUUAAAACAAAAAACUUUUCAUACAGAGUGUCCCUAAAGACUCAAUUGUUCAAAAGUUGAUAAUAAUUGGGUUAUUGGAUAGUAAGCAGUAACUUCAUAUAUUCGGGAUGAAAACUGUUCCCAGGUUUUCCAUAAAUAUUUAGAGAUUUUUGAACUACUUCUAGUGUGUCUUUUUUUAGUCCAGACAUGGUAUGCACAUAUACACUUGAUCUUUAAACAGAACAAAAAAUUAUUAAGUAAAAGACCUUGAGAUUGAAAAAUCUUUUUUAUUAUGCUAAAACUAGCUUAACAGAAAUACAAAAAUUAAUUUUAUUUUCUAUGAUAAGCAACAAAACAAUUUCGCUCCUUUUUGAUACAGAGGUGAACACGACAUUUUUCGCAAUAGAAAUGAGUUUUUUUGCUGCAUUUUCCAUUUUUACAGCGUUUUCCUUCUUUGCAUCCGUCGACUUGAGGUAAAUAAUAAUAAAUAAAUAAAUAAAUGUCUUCUUUAUUCAGCAUAAAAAUACAUGUUUUCUUAACUACUAAAUAAGUAAUGGCGAGAUCUAGCUUAAAGCUACUCUAUCUAACCAUAUUAAUAAGCACAAAUGCAAAAAUUUUAUAGAACAUAAUAGCAGAAUAAAAAUGUAAAAUAAUAAAUAUAAUACAAUCUGCUAUGCGCAAUAAAUCAUAGUAGGUACUUCAAUGAAGGACCAGAGAUUUUAUUACCUAUGUCGGUUUUGAAAAAUAUUAUUUUUAGUUUUUUGUUUAAAGGUUGUUACAGAGAGAAGAGACUUAACUUCAGGUGGUAGUGCAUUAUAGAUUUUUGGAGCAUUGUAACUAAAUGAGCCCUGGAAUUUUGCAGUUUUAUGCCCUGGAAUAACAAAAUUAUGCGCGUUUCGUGUGGUUCUGCCGUGAAUUUUGGAGUUUGAAAUUAAUUUAUUAGAUAAAUAAUCUGGUUGUCCGAAAAGCACAACUUUAUGGACUAGUGUAGCCAUUUGCAGUACAAAGCGUUCAUCCAAAGAAAGCCACCCUGAUCUGACCAACAGGGGAGUGACAUGGUCGCAUUUACUCAUACCAAAACUAAACUUGAGGCACGCGUUUUGGAUUUUCUGAAGGCUAUUCUUUUCACGUUGAUACAAGGCGGGCCAAAACAGAACUUGAGCAUAACUAACAAUUGACAAAAUUAAUGUAUCACAAAGAUGUAGUUUAAUAUCAGCUGUCAAAAACUGUUUGUUCAUAUAGAGUAUUUUUAAUUUAUAAAAACAUGCCGUCAACAAAUUCGACACAUGCCCCUCAAACCUGAGAUCCGUGUCAAGGACAAUCCCCAAAUUCUUCUGGUUAUUAGAAGGAGGUAAAGGAGAUCCAUCUAUGCUGAUCUUCACGGUAUCUGGGAGGGGCUUGCCAAAGACAAGGAGUUUGGACUUUGCAGCAUUCAAUACGAGUCUGUGACUCUUACACAAGUCAGAUAUGGCUAAAAGAUCCAAAUUAAUAGCAUUCACAGCUUCUAUGGCCUCCAUAAAGUUAAAUGAAUGAUAGAUCUGUGUGUCAUCGGCGUACUGGUGCGAUUCACAAACUCGAAGGAAUUUAUGAAAGUCACAUAGACAUAACAAAAAGAGUAAGGGGCCAAGAAUACUUCCCUGCGGGACACCCUGGUCCAACUGCAAAUUUUCAGAUAGAAUAGAAUUAAUUCUUACCCUUUGACGUCUAUUUAAAAGAUAAUUUUUUAGCGGUUUAAGAGCAGAAGUAUGUAGCCCAAAAUAUUGGAGCUUUGCCAAUAAAAUUAAAUGAUCCAGUGUGUCAAAUGCACGACUAAACUCCAGCAAUACUAAAACUGUUGUUUUUUUCUGAUCAAGAGCUUUAAAUAUAUCAUCACAAAUAUGAAGAAGAGCUGUACUGGUACUAUGCUUUGCACGAAAACCCGACUGUGUUACUGGAAGCAAAUUUUUAGUUAAGCAGAAUUCAUUAAGCUGAUCAUUAAGAAUUCAUUAAGCUGGCAGGGAGUGAGUAUAUAGGACGAUAGUGCGAUAAUUCCGUUGGAUUUUCAAUCUUAGGGACAGGGAUUAUAUCAGCUUUUUUCCAAGCAUCCGGGAAAACACCCAUGGAAAUACAAUAGUUUAUUAUAAAUGUUAGAUGCUGGGAAAUAUGAGGUGUUACGAGAUUAAUCAUUUUCAUGGUAAUGCAGUCAGAACCCAUAGCAGUACUUUUAAUUUGGGAUAUGGCUUUAUUUACGCUCUCUUCGUUUACCUGAUUAAAUUUAAAUUGAUUUUCCAAAUUCAAAGCGGGAUCAUUUGAUGAAUAUUGUUGAAAUAUAUCAUUGCCAGAGUUUAAAGUUACUUUUGGUACACUAUUAACAAAAAAGUUAUUAAAAUCUGAAGGUGAAUAUUCUAGAAUAUUUUCUGAUGACUUCGAGCAGUCACUGAUGUUUAAAGAUUUUAACGUUUUCCAAAAUGACUUAGGGUCAGUUUUGAAUUUAUGUUGUAGAAACGCUUUUUUUUUCAUUUCGAACAGCUGACGUUACAUAAUUACGGAUUUGCUUAUAUUCAUUAAAUGCUGCUUCGGUUUUUAACUUUUUAUAUUUUGAUAGGGCUUUACGUCUUAACCUCAUCAUAAACUUUAUAUUAGGAGUUAUCCAAGGUGCUAGAGCUUUUCAUUGGACCAUGAGCAUCAAAAAUUUUGAUUAAGUUUUCAUUCAAAAAAAUGAUCAAUCGAAUCAUGCUGAACUUCAGGUACUGGUCAAAACUCUUCAUUAUACUUAGGAAAUCGUUUUCUUGGAAGUUCUGGUGUUGCACUUGAUAGUCUUCCUCUCUUGUUUUCAAUUUUACUACCAACUUUUACCAAACAUUCUGCCAAGCGAAAACGAAAGUCUAGUAAAUCCAUUUGACCUUUUUUUGGUAUUUUCAAACGGUUACAGUCACGUCUGUACUCAAACCAGCUAUUAAUAAUAGCAAAAUCGACUGCAUGGAAUAUAAGGCGAAGUGUCCGUUUCCUUGAACGAAUGUAAAUUCUGUAGUGCCCGAUCAUUUGGUCCAAAAGGUCAACACCGCCCAUCGCAUGAUUAUAUAAUUUUACUAUUUCUGGACGCGAAACAGUAAUUUAUUUUUUUUCGGUUUUAUCCCACCUGGACACUUCAUCUUCACAUCCUACACCUACAAAAUUAGAACCAGAAUAACGGAGCGAUUAUCCAUCCACUUUACCAGAACGACAUCACCAACUUCACUUGUGAGUUCAUUGUGAGAUCCUCUGUCCCUAUUUUUCAGGUACUUAUCUUCUAAAAGGGGAGUCUUGCUAAAUCUAUUUACUUGUACUGUUCCAGCAGCAAAUAUUUUAUUAGAUUUUAAAAUUUGAAGAAGUGGAUAUGAAGAAAAGUAAUUAUCGUAAUACAAUUUAUAUCCUUCCUUAGAAAUUCUAGUAGACAAAUGCAGAACAGUGGCUGCGCCGAGACCAAACUUUUUUAGUGUUUCUUCACUCAAUCCCGUUGAAGAACCUUGAUAAAUAAUAAAAUCAUACGCCAUCCCUGAUUUUUUCACAAAGGACAAACAUUUUUAAACCCCAUGGAGUUGGCUUGCCUUUGACAUAUUGUUUGAUGGAUAGGUUUCCACGAAAGGGUACAAUCUGUUCAUCAAUGCACAAAUUUUCCUCUAAUUUCAACUCAAGGCUUCAUAAAUGGAACGGACUUUAUACAAUUUAUCAGUGCAAUCAUGGGGUUUCUCAAGGAUAUUUACACAGUGAAGAUUCGAUCGGAGUUGGAAGAAUUUAUCUCGUGAAAUAGAUUGAUAUGAAGUGCUUUAUCCCAGAAUAAGCGAACUCUUGGAAAUUUUAGACUUCCUACAGCUAUAAUGCAAACCAAAUAACUUUUUUAUUUCUGCAGCGUUAGUGGAUCUGAACUGAAUGUUAUUUUGAAGAGCAUACAUAUUUGUGUAUUCUGCCAUUCUUUCAAAUUCGGAGUCGCUAAUAUAUUUUUGAAAGUAAUCAAGAGGACUAAGAACCUCGGCUUCGUUCUACAAAGCCAUCUUUGGUCCAUUUUAUAAAUUCUUUAUGUGUAUAAUAUUCUGAAGAUCUUCUAACAAAUGCAGAUAACGCACAGUCCUAAUGUGUUUAUAGGUACCUGAGCUCAUGCUCUAAAAAUAUUCCUGGAAUAUUUCAAAACAUUUUUCCUGUAAUAUUCCGCAUACAGUAGUGGCAGAAAGUAGAGCAACUUCUUCAUUUUAAACAUAUCUAUUUUAUUUAGUAAGAAAAUACAAUCAUAUUGGAAAUAUAAUACCAAUAAGAUCUAAGCAUUAUAAAUCUAUCAACAACUUAAUAUUCUUUGUUUAUAUUUUUUAUGUACAAAAAUUAAUUCUGGGGCGGAAAAAAGUAGAGCAACUUUUUGAGAAUUGUUGUUUUUCUUUUAGUAAAAACUGAAAUACAAUUACAAUUUUAGUAUUUUGUAAAAUAUCCAUCAUUUUUGAUAACUUAGAUUGCAGUAGAUUGCCUAGAAAUUAUUACUGGGUCCAUAUUAAUCCAAGCUUCGUGUAAUGCAUUGAACAAUUCGUCCUUAUUUUUGUAAGUUUUCCCCCUUAUUUUCCUAUCCAAAAUUUCCCAUAGGUUCUCGAUGUGGUUUAAAUCUGGUGAUUGACUUGGCCAGUCCAUUACUUGAAUAUAUUGCUGUUUAAACCAAGCCUUUACAUAUUUAGAAGAAUGCUUUGGAUCAUUGUCCUGCUGAAAAAUGUGCCUAAGGGGCAUUUUUUCGUCUGCAUAUGGAACCAUUUCAUUUUCCAGAAUAUCUUUGUACAUAAAUCUAUCCAUUAUCCCAUCAAUUUUAUGAAGUGGCCCCAUUCCGAAACCGGAAAAGCAGCCCCACACCAUAACUGAUCCACCACUAUGUUUUACUGUUGGACAAGUGUAUCUGGGAUUUAACCUUUGGUUUGCAGGACGUCGAACAUAUGCUAUUCCAUCACUUUGAAACAAAUUAAACUUUGAUUCGUCGCUGAAUAUUAUCUUUUUCCAGUCAUUAAUUGUCCAGUGCAAAUGAGAUCGAGCAAAAAGAAGACGGGAUCGUCUGUUUUUUGCAGAUAAUAAGGGCUUUUUUGCUGGACGUCUUGCAAAUGAUUUGGCCUCGCAUAAUCUACUUCUUAUUGUCCUUGAAGAUACCUGAACGCCUAAUUCUUCUGAUAAACGCUGCUUUAUUUUACUUGAACCCAAAAAUGGAUCACUCUGAGAUAUUUUCAAAAUUUGUUUAUCUUGAUAUUUAUCGGUUUUUCUUGGUCUUCCUGUUUUUUUUCUAGGUAAAACAUGUCCAUGCUUCACAUAACGUGAAAUUAUUCACGAUACUAUAGAUUUAUUCAAACUAAACCUUCUUGCAAUAUUGAUUCGUUUUUCACCAUUUUUGUGACAGUCUAUAAUUCGUGUUUUUAAAUCAACGGAUAAAGGCCGUCCUCUAGGCAUUGUAAACUAACUUUGCUUUUAAUGCAACCGGUAAACAGCUGGAAUUUAACUAAUAUUAUUCGAUUUGUAAGUUCUAAGAAAAAUGUUGCUCUACUUUUUGCCAGGUACACAAAUUCUUAUCAGUUUAAAAAUAAACAGAAAUAUUUAGAAGGUCAAUUCCUAUCUUAUUUAAGACUACCUACUUGACCAAAAGUAUUGUGGAUAAAUAUCAUUGUUAUUCCUUUGUUAGUUGUCAAGAAAUUUUAUUUUUUUAAAAGUUGCUCUACUUUCUGCCACUACUGUAUAAUCGAUAUUGAUAAAAUUACAUCAUUUUCUGAGACAUUUCUUGUAAUUAGAAAAUUAUUUGCACUCCGAAUAUUCCUGGAAUAAUUUCAAGGAUGAAUAUUCUUUUGUAGUUGCUCCAUGGAUAUCUGGAACGUCUAUAUAAGAAAUGAUCCCAUAUACCUAAGAAGUAUUUUUCAUAAAAUUUAAUGCUCUGUAAAGAAUAUUAGAUAAAUAUGAUCUAUGGAAUAACCAAUAUUUAAAGAACUUUUGGGUUAUUCUGUUCAUCCCUGCCUGGGUCAACAAUUAUUAUCAAGUCAAUUAUUAUCAACUUUUCAACUAAAUCGAGUUGGCCUAAAAGUCACAAAUUGUACUGCAUCUAGUAUUAUACAAAAAAACCCUUCAGCGACUCCCUCCUGGGGCUUGUAAUUUUUAUUUGUUCUCCAUAUUAUGGAGUUUGAUAAUUGCAACGUUUCGCCUCGAAACGUGCAUUUUCAGGGCCUUAUGAGUUUUUUGCUUUUCUCCGGGAAAACUUUAGUAAUUCUAUUGCGAGGCCUAUAAUAAUAAUAAUAGAAGUUUUAAGCCUAAAAAAACGCCCAUCACUUAACUUUGUGAUAAUGUGAUAUUUUCUCCUUGGAUUUUUCUAUCUGUUUGUCUGUCCUGCGAUUUAGUGUAAAUAUUCUAUAAAACACAUGUACGCGAGUUGUGUAUUAUAUUCUAAUAUAAAAUUGCCGUUUAAUGUCCUGCAUAGAUCUUUAUUUUGUGGUAUACAGGGUGGCUCAAUAGGGGGAUCCCGUGCAAUAUAAUUUUUUAAAGAUGGUUUCUUAAGUUUUCAUUUAAUUUGGCCCACCCUGUAUAUAGUAGACUUAACUGGUAAUCGUAAAUAAAUGCUAAGGUAACGAUUUUAUAUAAAUGUACUAAUUUUUUUUUGUUUUAGUUAUUAAUUACUACUUAGAUCCCAUGUAAGGGAAGAAUUUCAGCACUUUUAUCUCUUAAAAAAAAUGUAUUAUAUUUCAUACGAGUUGAUUGAAUAAGGAAAUUAGUUUAGUUGCUGUAAUUUAGAGUUAAAAUGACUUACUACUGUUGAUCCGAUGCCUGUGAUAAUAUAUUUGAAAUUCUCAAAAAUU